CAACCCCAUUCAGCCAGGGAUUCUCCUUCAACCUCCUCCCCUUUUUAUAUAAUUUCCACCUUGCUCGCCGGGCGUCUGGAACUUUUCCUCUCCUCUUCCUCUUCCCUUCAGACCAUAUUCUAUAUCCCGUAUCCCAUACUCCAGCUUCGCCCCCGUAACCCCUCACAGAACCAUCCCCCACCAUGGCGCCCGUAGAACUCAGCGAGAAAUACGACAACUAUGACUACCCCAUUGAGGCUGCCGAGCCUCUGGAGGGUCAUUCCGGAAACCUCACUCCCGAGCAGCAGGCUAAGGUCCACCAGCUGCGCCUGAUGCUCGAGGCUGAGGGCCUCACCGAGCGCCUGGACACGCUGACUCUGCUGCGAUUCCUCCGAGCGCGAAAGUUCGAUGUUGAGCUCGCCAAGCAGAUGUUCAUCGAGACGGAGAAGUGGCGUAAGGAGACCAAGCUCGACGAGAUCCUCCCCACCUGGGACUACCCUGAGAAGCCUGAGAUUUCCAAGUACUACAAGCAGUUCUACCACAAGAUUGACAAUGAUGGCCGUCCCGUUUACAUCGAGACCCUCGGCGGCAUUGACCUGAAUGCCAUGUACAAGAUCUCGACCGCCGACCGCAUGCUCACCAAUCUUGCUGUCGAAUACGAGCGCGUGGCUGACCCCCGUCUGCCCGCCUGCUCCCGCAAGGCCGGCCACCUCCUCGAGACCUGCUGCACCAUCAUGGACCUCAAGGGCGUCACCCUGACCAAGGUUCCCCAGGUGUACUCCUAUGUCCGCCAGGCCUCUGUCAUCUCCCAGAACUACUACCCCGAGCGUCUGGGCAAGCUGUUCCUCAUCAACGCUCCCUGGGGUUUCUCUACCGUGUGGGGCGUUGUCAAGGGCUGGCUGGACCCCGUCACCGUCAAGAAGAUCAACAUCCUCGGCAGCAGCUACCAGAGCGAGCUGUUGAAGCACAUCCCCGCCGAGAACAUCCCCAAGGAGUUUGGCGGCACCUGCACCUGCGAGGGUGGCUGCGAGAACAGCGAUGCUGGCCCAUGGCACGACCCUCAGUGGGCCAAGCCUGCUAAGUGGGAGGUGAAGGCUGAGGAAGCCCCUGCUGCGGCUUAGAUGGGGUAGUGCGUUUUAAUGUUUUUUGUUGGUCUUUGUUUUUUUAAUACGCUUGUAUUGGGUGUGCUUGGGAGAAGCAUUACAUUACUCUGAGAAGCUCAGAUGGCUCGUUUUGUGUCUUUUCUCGCAAGAAUAGGUUGUUGGAGCAGAAGGCAUCUGACGGAAGAAAAAUUAUUACAAUGGGCUAAAGAGGGAAGAUGGGUCUUAGACGGGAGAAGGGAGAGGGAUACAUAAAGGAGGGAGCAGGGAC